AUGCGUUGUGCCGUUAUCUUGACGACAUGGGCCACCACUGCUUUGGCAUUCUAUCCAUUUAUUCCGUCAUACAGAGAGGGUGAUAAGCCAACGACAUACAAGAUCUCACAAAAGAGUUCUGCUAGGGAUGGCGGCCUGUCGGCGGACAACGCAGCUCGCGAAGCCCGACGCUUGACUCGCAAAUUCAGCUCAAAGGCAUCCCGCACUUCGCCCAGCCCGGAGGUUCUGGUCGGCAGAGACAACCAGUACUCUGUUUCAACAGCGGCAACCCCCUCCGGAACAAACAGUGCUGGGAUUGACCAAGAUGGCACGGAUUUCUCCUACUUUAUCGAAGCAAAGCUGGGAUCCAGCGACAAGCCCUUGUACAUGCUCUGUGAUACAGGAGCCGGAACAACAUGGGUGAUGGGAUCAAACUGCAACUCAGAUGCCUGUAAGAUGCACACGACCUGGGGACCCUCAGACUCGACCACGUCUAAAGCCGUUGGCGAUGAAUUCUCCCUCAACUAUGGCACUGGGGCUGUUAACGGGACGUUGACAAAAGACUCGAUGACGAUUGCGUCUGUGAAAGUCACCAUGGCCUUCGGCGUGGCCAACACAACCUCGGAUGAUUUCAAAAGUUUUGCUUUUGACGGGAUAUUGGGCUUGUCCAUGAACAACGGUUCAUCUGAUAACUUUAUGGGAAGCGUCAAGGAAGACAAGCUACUCAAGUCCAACGUGUUCAGUGUGGCUCUCGACAGAGCUGAGGACGGCCCGAACACAGGACAGAUCACCUUUGGUGGCAUCGACUCCAGCAAGUUCACGGGAGACAUCACCUACACGCCCGUCAACGCCACAGCCAAUGGGGACUGGGCAAUUCCGAUGGCUGGCAUCGGCUACGACAGCAACAAGGCCAAUGUUACCGGAAGGCUCGCGUACAUCGAUACUGGAACAACCUAUGCUUUCGGUCCGCCCGAUGAUGUCGCGGCCCUCCACAAGAUCAUUCCGGGUGCCAACAGCUCCGACGGGGUGACUUUCACUGCCCCGUGCGAUAGUGACAAGUCUAUCACUGUCACGUUCUCCGGCGUUGAGCAUAACAUCUCGGUCAAGGACUGGCUGUCAGACCCGUCCGAUAGCGGUGUCUGCACGAGCAAUAUCUUCGGCCGCGAAGUUGUGACCGGUGCAUGGUUUCUUGGGGCCGUGUACCUGAAGAAUGUGUAUACCGUCUUCGAUAUCGACCAGACGCGGGUUGGCUUUGCAACCAAGGUCGUGAAAAAGCCGAGCACAAGCACAAGCACCAGCAGCGCAGGCUCGACGGCAAGCAGCACCACAGGAACUUCGUCGUCAGGAGCAAAUGCCGCGGCGGAGACAGGCGGUAUCACGACAUCUGCGGCAUCAUCGCCGAGCAAGCAGUUGAUGCUUGGAACAUGCACAUCAGCAUUGUUCGCUGUUGGCGUCAUGGUCAUACUGGCACAAUAG